AGAACUGUCACAACACAAAAUCAGGGUAAUCGAAACAAGCGUGUUUACGAGGUGUACUUACACAAACUUGCUUGAAGUAAUUUUUAUCAAAAUGUGUUCUCCUUGGAAGAAAUACGUUCUGUGGUUUGCUCAGGAACAUGUAGAUUUCCGACAAGCGGAAAUAGCAUCUCUAGUGCGGUUAUGGAACUUAAAGAUGCGAACCGCAGCGGAUCAUGUACCCGAAAAUCCGUUCUGGAUCGUUGAACUUCCCGACGACGAAGCUGCCCGGAAGUUAGCUUCACGUUCUAUGUCCCUACGAUGCAUUUUCGAGCUGUGGUCCCAUUCGAAACUCCUCAGUGCCUUUCACGAUCAAUUAAAAGCGUUCAUUAAGAACAACAGUCCGACACUGAAUCCUUUAUUUCAGAAAGAUCGUAGUUUUAGGGUAACCGUCGAGACAUAUAACAAGCAUUUUUCACAAGCCGAAAAGGUGGCGAAAAUGGAAACGAUGCAUUAUUUACCAGCGGAAGGACCGGUUAAUCUCAAAACACCGGACAUACGAUAUUUGUACAUUGAGUUCUGGGGACUUGAUCCCAUGAAUAUCCCCAAACAGCCACUGGAUGUUAUGUUCGGUAAAUGGUUGGUGGAUGGAAACCGGGAUAUGAUCAAUGAGAUUUCGUUGAAGAACCGUAAGUUUAUUGGGAACACAUCGAUGGAUCCGCAGCUAUCACUGCUGAUGGCCAAUCAGGGACUGGCGAAGCAAGGUGAUUUAAUAUUCGAUCCGUUCGUUGGUUCCGGAUCAUUGCUGGUGGCUGCCGCUAAGUUUGGAGCGUAUGUUCUUGGCUCUGAUAUUGACUACAUGACGGUUCAUGGAAAAUCCAAGCCGACCAGGGCCAAUCAGAAGGUUCGAGCAAGUGACGAAAGUAUCUACGCCAAUUUGAAGCAGUACGGUUGUGAGGGUUUGUAUGUUGAUGCUUUGGUGUCGGAUUUUUCCAGAAGUGUUUGGAGCGGUAGUUUACAGUUUGACAGUAUCAUUACGGAUCCACCCUACGGCAUACGAGAAUCUACCGAACGAAUAGAAUUCAAGACACAGCGAAGAGCAACCUGCCUGAAUGAAGGAGUGGUUCACUAUCCGUCCACAUCGCCGUAUCAGUUCGAUCAGUUGUAUCGGGAUUUGCUGAACUUUUCCGCGCAAUAUCUUAACAUGGGAGGUCGGUUAGUGUGCUGGUUCCCGAUAUUGAGGAAAGACUUUACUCCGGAUAUGUUGCCGCGUCACAAAUGCUUUGAACUGAUAGCCAACUCGGAACAACCACUGUCCGUUUAUAGCGCUCGUCGGUUACUGACCUAUGAAAAAGUAUCGGACCGACAGGAAGAUAUGCUCUCCUACGAAAUGUCGCAGAUUAUGGUAGAAAACUUCCGUCAACGGUACAUGAGUCUAGUUUCGCAGUGUAGUGGUACUCGUAAGGAACGUCGACUGGCACUGCGGAAAGUAGGAUGUGAGGAAGCCAUCAAACGGGGGAAGAAGCUGGACGUUGAUGGAAAGUGGAAGUUUACGCAGCCAGAAAAUGGAGAAAAUCCUGAUCAAUAA